GGCACUUGACGUUGGACGACAACGCCGACCACCACCUACGACUUCGCUCGGUCUCGUACCAACGAGCAACCCCUCAAUAUGGCGUCGCAAGCCGAUUACAAAGACAGGCAAUUCCUAGCUGUCAUUGGCGACGAGGACUCUGUCACGGGCCUUCUCCUCGCAGGCAUCGGGCACGUCAACACUGGUGCAGAUCAGGCGAAGAACUUCCUUGUUGUUGACAGCAAGACGGAGACCUCUGCAAUUGAGAAGGCUUUCGAAAGCUUCACAACUGAGCGAAAGGAUAUUGGUAUCAUUUUGAUCAAUCAGCAUAUUGCCGACAAGAUUAGGCAUCGGAUUGACACGUACACAGCGGCCUUCCCUACGGUGCUCGAAAUCCCCAGCAAAGACCACCCCUACGAUCCCGAAAAGGACAGCGUGCUGAGGAGGGUUAGGAGGCUGUUUGGCGAGUGAAUCACGCAUACACGGGAUGGCGUCACGGCUAGAGGAGCGAAGCACAUACAAGCCGGCGUCAUGCUUGACGAAGCAGAGGCUCGGUGGGGGUCACAACGACUUCUUGAGGCUUUGAGCAGUGGCUGUUGAUGCCAAGUACAAUUUACCUAUCCUAUGAAUGCCUAAGAGCGCCAGCUUUGCUAC